AUGAUUUCUCUUGGCUCUUUAAAGGAUUCCAAGCUUCAAGCCAUCGUACCACCCCCUUCAGAGAGGCACUCGGGCUCAGCGCUGCUGGUGCUGAACUUGAACCAACGCACUGUGCAGAUGGUAAGUGUCCAUGUCGAUCGAGCCGUUCAUAGUCACACCCCCGGCCGCCACCACAGGUGGGGAUUGGAUGAUGCAGGCGGCGCUAGACAGGGGUCGUAUUCCUUUCGAGUCGUUUCCCCGUAUUUUCUUCUUUUGCCAAGGCCAAAGGGAAGUGAAUUUGAGCUGGCUCACCCAAAACUGAAAUUCGGAGGGGUUUAG